GUCUCGGGAUAUAAAUGAAAACCUCAAGAUAACCUCUUCAGUUCGCUUGGCCUCAGUCUCAGAGAUUGCGCGACCAUGAGACCAUCCCAAAUCUUAGUGUGCUUGAUACACUUUUGUAUAAUGGCACACAUCCUAGGUCAAAAUACAACAGUGGUGUUAUCCAUUCCACAAUGCUUGACACAGAACGACUGCCCUGAUGUUCUGACGUGUAUAGACAUGAAGUGUGUGGACCCCUGUCCUGGGCCCUGCGCCCGAAAAUCCUCCUGUAGGGUGCACAAACACGUGCCCUUCUGCUCAUACUCUCCCGGACAGUUUAUGCAGACCAAGUGCUUAGAGAAUGCUGACUGCCCCUUGGAUAGGGCAUGUAUAAAACAGAAGUGUGAAGACCCCUGCUUUAACAUCUGCAACGGUAACAACACCAGUUGCCGGGUGCACAACCACAUCUCUUACUGCACCUGCACGCAAGGCUUCUAUGGUGACCCACUCACUGCAUGCAAUCAACAAUUUCUAUAUGGAAGUUGGCCACCAAUCCCAGGAGCAAAGAAGCGUUUUGAAGUGGAAACCGUUAAGGCAAACUGGUAUGGUGCUAUGGUCUAUUGUAUGAACCAUGGCGGAAGGCUUGCCACCAUCUCGAAUUUUGAGGAGAACGAAAUAGUCAAAUCGAAGAUCAAUGAGUCGGGGCUGAGUCCUCACUUCUGGGUGUCAGGGAUGAACCUCGCCCUGACCGACACGUGGACAUGGAUGAGCACAGGGCAACCCUUCACCUUCACAGACUGGACUGCUGGACAACCCGACGUCUGGUUGAAUCUGGCCGUGGGAGAACACUGCGUGGAGUUCUGGGAGGCGGGGAACUACAAGUGGAACAACUUUAUGUGCUUGGAUCAAUCAUAUUUCAUUUGUGAAUAUUAUGGUUUAUAGUGUUUCUGUAGGUUACAUUUCAUACCAAAGCACAGAAAUGGUAAUUUCACAUUGUUAUCAAUAAUUAUAUCAGAAAUUUUAAGUUUUAUUUGAAAAUAAAACAUUUAUUACAACUCUA